UCCUCCCGCCUCCGGCACUGCGGGCCCCGCGCUCCCUGGGCCUUUCGGGGACGCUUCGGCGACCAGGGUGGCUGGGAGAGGCCGUGAGCGCCUGGCGGGGAAGGUGGUCGAGCCGCGGGCGCCUUGGCCAGCGGAGGCGGCAGGCGUUUGGCGGAGUCCCGCAGACACCAGCCGCGGCUUUCCCUCCAUCCUGUUCCUGGAGGUUCCUUGAUUCUCCUUCCGGCGUCACCACCGCCUUCCAGGGCCCUCUUUUUCUCUCACUUACGGCCCCUGGAAGACUUACCCUUAGUGAUAGUGGCAAAAAGGGCUGUGCCUUGGAUGGUGUAGGAUGUUCGCCUUCUGAAUCCUGGCCGCCGCUCAAGGCCUGCCCGCCUCCACUUGGGACUCAGGAUCCAGCGCUGGCAGCAUCACUCCUGUCAAGGCCCAGGUCUCGGCCAGGACACAUGGAUGCUCACCCACCCAGCCUCAUGGUAGGAGUCUGACAGCCUCCAUCCCCAGCUGUCCUGUGAGGGCCCUGCCUCCUCCGCAGCCACCCUGCCCAGUGGGCCUGGGCCUACAUCCUGCCUCGGCCCCUCGCAGUGGCCCUUGCCAAGCUCAGGCGUGCCUGUCCCCAAGGCAGUGAGCAGACCCCUGCCCAGACUGGGGCCCGUGUGAGGGGUGGGUUGUGGGUCACUGUGGACUGGGCCCCUCCACCUCCUCCACACCGCACCACCCACCAUGAUUUUAGAGCCAAAGGGGCCUAGUGACUGUCUCGCCCAGCCCUGUGGUGCACGUAUGUGCCUGAGGCAUGCCAGGAGGCAGCGUCAGAAUGGGGCUAGCACCCAGGGGUCCCUGGGGUGCUGGUGUGUGUCCUUUCAGGAGGCUGUGACAUUUGGUGAUGUGGCUGUACACUUCUCGCGGGAGGAGUGGCAGUGUCUGGACCCCGGCCAGAGGGCCCUCUACAAGGAGGUGAUGCUGGAGAAUCACAGCAGUGUGGCCGGACUAGCAGGAUUUCUGGUCUUCAAGCCUGAGCUGAUUUCCCGGCUGGAGCAGGGGCAGGAGCCAUGGGUCCUUGACCUGCAGGGAGCAGAGGGGAGAGAGACGCCAAGGACCCCCCAGACAGCAGGAGACCUGGGGCUGGUGUCUGGUUUGGCGAUGAGGCGUCCCCACAUGCUUCUGUGGCUGUCCGUGGGGGCUUUUGCGUCCAAGCUCCCAGCCUUAGCAGAGGGCGGCCCAGGCGGGGCCGAGCGAGCCAGCUCUGUGUGGCUGCUCCCACCUGGUUCUAUGAUUAGCACUGACUGUGAGCAGGCCCGAGAGAACACAGAUGCUCCACAGUCAGAAUCCCCUGCAGCAAUGGUCAGAAUCCCCACAUGGGCUUGUCCUUGGAGUCCUGGCUCUGGAGACACCUCGGAUUCUGAGGUCUGGCCAGAGAGUGAGCCCAGCUCCCUUUUCGAGAAACACCACUUGAACACAGGGACGGUGGCCUCCAGGAAGACCUUGGCCGAGGAGGCUAUGCAGGGACAUGGCGAGCUGGGAAGUCAGCCGGAUAGAUGCCACGGGAGCACCGCAGAGGCAGUGUCCCAAAGAUGCGAUGUGUGUGGCAGAACGUUUGGGUCCACAUCGGCUGUUGCUCUUCCUCAGGAAAUUAACACACAGGAGAAACCUAACCAAUGUCAAGAGUGCCAGAAACAGUUACCUGGUUGCCGGCAGGGGAAACACCGAGGGGCAUGCCGUGGAGAGAAGCCUCAUGAGUGUGAAGAGUGUGGGAAAGCUUUCCGGUUGUGCUCACAGCUCAAUCAGCACCAGAGAAUCCACACCGGAGAGAAGCCAUUCAAGUGCAUAGAGUGUGGAAAAGCCUUUCGCCUGAGCUCAAAACUCAUUCAGCAUCAGCGUACUCACACUGGGGAGAAGCCCUACAGGUGUGAUGAGUGUGGGAAGGCCUUUGGUCAGAGCUCCAGCCUCAUCCACCAUCAGAGGGUCCACACGGGAGAGAGGCCCUAUGGUUGCCGCGAGUGUGGGAAGGCCUUCAGCCAGCAGUCCCAGCUGGUCAGACACCAGCGGACGCACACGGGAGAGAGGCCCUACCUGUGCCGGGAAUGCGGGAAAGCCUUCAGCCAGAGCUCCACGCUGGCUCAGCACCAGCUCGUGCAUGCAGCGGGGAGCCCCCCAGUCCCGAGGACCCUGGGCAGCACCAGCCUUGCCCACCCGAGAACAAACGCUACCGAGAAACCAUUUAAGUGUGACGAGUGUGGGAAGGCCUUCAGGUGGGUCUCCCGCCUCAGUCAGCACCAGCUGACUCACACUGGAGAGAAGCCUUACAAGUGCAACAAGUGUGCGAAAGCCUUUGGCUGUAGCUCACGGCUGAUUCGCCACCAGAGAACUCACACUGGAGAAAAACCAUUUAAAUGCGAGGACUGUGGGAAAGGCUUUGUCCAGGGCUCACACCUGAUUCAGCACCAGAGGAUCCACACUGGAGAAAAGCCCUACGCGUGUGGCGACUGUGGGAAAGCCUUCAGCCAGAGCUCCAGCCUCAUCUACCACCAGAGGAUCCAUAAGGGAGAGAAGCCGUACGGCUGCCUGGAGUGUGGGAAGGCGUUCAGCAUGAGCACGCAGCUCACCAUUCACCAGCGGGUCCACACGGGGGAGAGGCCCUACAAAUGUGGAGAGUGCGGGAAGGCCUUCAGCCAGAACUCUACCCUUUUCCAGCACCAGAUAAUCCACGCUGGGGUGAAGCCGUACGGGUGUGGCGAGUGUGGGAAAGCCUUCAGUCGGAGCUCGUAUCUCAUCGAGCACCAGAGGAUACACACACGAGCCCAGUGGUACCACGAGUACGGGAAUACCCUGGGAGGUCCUACCCAUGUGAGCCGUAAAAAAGUAAACACUGUGAAGAAACUACACAGAUGUAGCGAAUGUGAGAAAAUAUUCAGGUGGCGCUCACAUCUAAUUAUACAUCAGAGAAUUCACACUGGAGAGAAACCUUACAAAUGUAAUGAGUGCGGCAAAGCCUUUAACCGGAGCUCAAGGCUCACUCAGCAUCAGAAGACUCACGUGGGAUAGGCCUCUGGCCUCGUGUGAGCGGUAAACCAGCAGCCUUAACCCACUGACUUUACACGAGGUUGUUUAUGUGACAUGAACUUGGAAUGUGCUGCAGACCCCAGUUCACAGUGUGUCUGUUUGCUGGAAUGUUUGAUCUCGGCCUGUUCAGUAAAGCCUGUGUCCCCACCAGGGCCACACGCAGAGCCUCAAGCUCAUGGGAGCUGCCUGCCGUCCCCCUCAGCAGCAAGGGUGGCGGUGCUCGCUGGAGUCUGAGCCGUGCCUUCUUCUCCUUGAACCACACCCCAUCAGAGCCACCCGGGGUCCACGGACCCCGUGCAGCUUCUCUGGAGAGGCUGGUCAGUGCUGUUUCCGUGCUGAGCACGGGCCUGUGCCAGCAGUCCAGAAAUGGCGCCUGGGCCCAGGGGCGUCACAUUUCCUCUGCUCCCGACACCCAGAGCCCACCUGCUUAUCUGAGUGCUGUCAUGGGCAACUGUAUGCCCCACACUGACACCUGGAACCAGUCCCUAGCUGCGCUGGCAUGUAGGAGCGGUUCCCGGUAGCUCAGCAGGUGCCCCCCCCCCAGGGGCCAGGAGUGUCUUGUUUACUUCUGCUAACCACAUUUCCCAGAAGACCUCCUGCCACACAAACUGCCAGACUGGGAGGCAGACUGCAGUGGAGUCAGUGUGGUCACAUCAGUUCCCCUUGUCCCCAGGUCCCAUGGGGCGAUGCCGAGGGCCUUGACGGGUGCUGUGCCCAGGGCAUUGAAGAACACCUUGGGGGACUUGCUGUGAGUUCCCAGUGAGCUGGCAGGGUGGGGACGUCACCUCAUCCCUCAGGUUUUAUCUGCCUACUUAGCCUUGAGUGGUCCAGGUAAUGAGUGGUCAAGGCCACCUGGCAUUCGGGGCUUGCACAGUAGAAUGUGCAGGAAAGGUGGCUGGUCCCAACAGCCUACCCUGUGGCCUGAGGCUUUCUUAGCUGAACUUGAGUUUUCAUGUGGGUCAGCCACUCUGGUUAAUCUGACCAAUGGGCUGGGACCAUGUCCCUUCACUGUGUCUCAGAGCAUCUGAUUAAAACCUCGCAGCUGCAGGAUGACACUGACCUGCCAUGUUGGCCACAGCCCUGCUCACUGCUGUGGACUCACCCACUGAACAAGUUCCACCCACUUGGGACCUGCCAAUCUUGGUGUCAUUGUUAGUAAUCACAGGGGCAGUGACAGUUUCUCCCACAUGCACACAGGUAGCCCAGAGGGACACGGGUCACUUCAGGAUCUAUUGUGACACUUGCUUUGGGUCACCAGCACACUGGUUUGGUCACACCCACGGGCAGGUCCCCAAGACCUUGCAGCCUCGAUCGCCAUGUGCGGCAGGCACAGCCUGUAGCAGGUUAUGGAUUUGUGUCCAGUGAAGUGAGUGAUGCUCCCAGCAUUUGCACCAGGAGGUUUAGGAGUUUUCCGGCAGCAUCUGGAGCAGCUGAGUUCAAGACAGACAAGUCUGUGUGUGUUUCUGUAUCUCCGGCCAUGGGUGGGAAUCUCAGCUCCACAGCAGGUCACCUGACCGCCAGCCGGUGCCUGGACACCGUGCAGUCAGUGCCCACUUCAGUGGCAGCAGCCCCACCCCUCCAGUUGACCCCUCCUCCACCCAGAACUUGUCAGGAAGAAUCACUGUGAGAGGAGCAGGGUCUUAUGUGAGUUGUACAGAGGCUGUGGACAUGUGUCCCCACCUCGGCCACUGUGCUCACCCAGGUGGCUACCUGGGUGGUCAGCACCUGCACAUGUGGACAGGGUGUCAUAUCUGAAUGGACCAGGAACGUUUUAGGCCACCUGACAAAGGAAUGGUGUGUGGACAGGCCACACUUCUGCCACCUGCUGGCAUUUGGGCCUGUUGUUGGAGGGCUGCGCUAUGGGACCCCGCCUCCCUCACUGCCUCCUGGGUAAUGACGGGACAAAGGGGUGGAAAGUCGUGGGGACUCAUCCAUGCUCCAGCCUGGGCGUGAUAGACUCUCCCCAAAUGGUAGCCGCAGGCCAGGCAAGAAGAGACCAAGGCUUCAACCUUAACUCUGCUUCAGCACCUGAGUCUGCUGUGGUCCUAGAUUGGGUGACUGGCAGGUGACGGCCUGUGGGCCACAUGCAGCCUGUGAUUCACUUCUGUGUGGUGUGCUCGUCAAUGCCGAAGCCACUAGACGGGGUGGCUGUGAUGCCAGUUCCCAUGCGUGUCGGUGCCUGCAGAUGCAGCGACCGAACACCAGCUGGGCUUCCAGACAAGGCGGUUGCUGGCACUGUGGCUUCACUUCUGCGUCUCAAAACCUCCCCGAGCUCCGAACCACUUUCGGUUUGGCAGUGCUGGACUUCCAAUCCAUGUCUGCUCAAAUAAACCCUUGCAGUUUUUAAUGUACCUGUUUAUCUUUCAACAGACCUAAGAAUGGUUUUUACAUUUUUUAACGGGGGAAAAAAGACUAUUUUAUGACAUUUCCAAAUUAUAUUGAAAUCAGAUUUUGGUAUGACCAAAUAAAGUUUACGGGAACACAGCCAGCCCCCUUUGCGUGUUGCCUCCAGCCACUUUCUUGCUACAAGAGCCAAGUUCACCACACUGGCCAGUUGCCUCAUGAACUUGGGAAAACCAGCUCUGCAGCCUUCGAGAAGCUAUUUCCUCUCGACGGUCAGUGUCGUUUGUUCAACAAAACGUCCAGUACAACUAAGAAGUCCACGAAGUAACCCUAGGUCCUCCACACCAGGUGACAUUCCCAGCUCUACAAGUACAGGACGAGGGUCCUUUAGCUGCGGCCACUGAAAGCUGCAAGGGGCCCACGGGUUGCUGGGCGGGACAUUGUCAGGUACGAGAUCCCAGGAAUGCAUGGAAGGUGUCGGUGCCGCCUAUGCUGGGGGCUCUUACAGGACAGGUGGCAGCUGCCUGUGGGGUCAUUGCAAGUGUUGGAAUAUUCUGUUCUGCUUUCAAGUUAUACUUCUCAAUUUGGCCUUUAGUAAAUAAACUCAUUUUAAGAAUUUCCAGAACACUGUUUCAGAGGUUUUAAAAUACUUUGGAGUCAAUCAAUUAAACCUGUGAUUUUGAACUGAAAUUGCUUUUAUUCUGAAUCACAGAUUAAGUUUUGACUUAAGACGUUGGAUUGGAACUGUUGAGCUUGCUGGAAGCUUCACAAAGAGGGGUGGGGGGCAGAGUUCCACUGGGUUUACACGUCCUUGUACCCCCAGUACGUGUGGCUGCCCCUCAGCCCAGAAUGUUUGGUGAAUGAAUGAAGGAUGCAUUAGGGGAUCAUCUGGGCUUUGAAGGUGAGAAGUGAGAGACCCACAGAAGAGAGGAAUCUCCAGCACCAAUAGCUUCCAUGGAGAUUAAAUAAAGUCAACAAAACUGAAGUGA